AUGGGAGUGACUGGCCUUUGGAGACUUAUCGAACCGGCCGGAAAACCCGUGCCUGUUGAGACAUUAGAGAAUAAAGUUUUAGCAGUCGAUAUUUCAAUAUGGUUGCAUCAGAUGGUGAAAGGCUAUCAAGAUGCUAAAGGAGCUCCUCUACCGAAUGCUCAUCUCAUUGGGUUGUUCCAAAGACUAUGUAAAUUACUAUAUUUUAGAAUCAAACCUGUUUUUGUAUUUGAUGGUGGAUUUCCAGAUCUUAAAAGAGAAACAAUUGCUAAAAGACAAGACAACAAAACAAAAUAUAAUUCUGCAUCAGAAAAAUUAAAGAGAGAAAUCACUUUGCUGUUGGGCAAAAAGACUGCAAUUGGUUCAUUGCUAGGAAAACAGAUUUCUCCCACUAAGAACAAACAACCUCAGACUAACAACGAUGACAUCUUUAAACUACCAGAAUUACCAGAAAAGGGUGGAUAUUCUGAAUCAGAGUCUGAAGAUGAACAAGAUUCGAGUGCUUCAACAGUGGAUUUACAUUCUGUAGAUUUUGAUUCCGAUAAAUUUAAGAAUAUGCCCAUAAAAGAAAAAUAUGACCUUCUCAUUGAAUUGAAGGAAACAAGAAAAAUGAAUUCUUGGGGUAAAAUAAACACAUUACCUAAGAAAAGUGACAACUUUUCAGAUUUUCAAAUGCAGAGAUUGUUAAAACGGAGGCAAUUACAGGAAUGUUUGGAAGAAACGGAAAAAGAGAUGGGCGAUGAAGGAAUGUCCUUAAACGAACUGGAAUCAUUACUUAAUGAAGAAGGCAUAGACACUAAAAUAGAAAGCUUGCCGAGCCGCAGAAUAGCAUCAAAUAAUACAACCAGAUAUCUACUUAUAAGUAAUGUAAGGCAGGCGUUAGAAAAUGCUAAGAGAAAGGAAGAAGCUGCUCAACAAGCGCAGUUACAAGUAUCAGCGACAACUGCAGUAGAAAAACACGAUGCCAAAGAUAUUCAGAAAAAUGAUGAAUUGGAUGAUGACCUAGAAAAAGCUAUUAAGAUGUCGCUAGAAUGUGUAGAUGAAGCUGACACGAGUGCUUGUACUUCAAAAACUGAUGAGUCCUGGACGUCUUUCGUCACAGAAUCUGAUUAUUCAGAUGACGAAGACGAAGAUGGUUUCGAACCUCCGGAUAUGACGUCAGCAAAAUCAUACAUCAAACAAUACACUGACUUAAACUACAAAGUCAUUGAUAACAUCGUUGCUAAAAAACAUAAAGAAAAAAAUAAAUGUAUUAAACCAAGAGUUAACGAAAUUAUUGAAGAGCUUGCACAAGAAAAGACUAUUAUCGAAGAUCAGAUUGAAUUAAUGUCGAGUGACGAUGAUAAAGAUAAAUGUGAAGUAGUAGAAAAAUCAAGUGAUAAUGAAAAAGAACAAGUUGAAGAUAGACAUAUUACAGAAGUGAUAAUAGAAAAUGAAGGUUUAAGUAAAAAGUAUGAGUUGGAAGAAAGCAAUCAGGCAGAGGCUUCUAUAAUAUGUGUUGAAAAAUCUAUUGAUGAUGUUAUUUCUCUCGAUUCAAGCUUAGAAAUGGAAACAGUUAAAAAUGAUGAAGUUAAAGUUGAAACUGUAAAAGAUAAUAUUAAAUCGGAAAGUUCAAGCUCCAGUGAGGAUGACUUCGAAGAUGUUUCUGAUGAAGAGACCAAGUCUAAGAAACCAGUUGUUACAUUAACUCUCAAUAUGGGCAAUACGAUUGAAGAUGAUAUAUUCGCUGAUAUAUUUACAAGUAAAGGUGAUAACAAAAAUUUUGCACCAAAUAUGAAGAACGAGCAAGAAAUUACGAAAGAUACCACCAAAAACGAAGUAAAAGAUGCAAUUAAACCAAUUAUUACAGAUGAAGUUGCAACUACUAAAAGUAUAGAAAAAUGUUUGGAUAAAGAGAGUGACAAUGAGAAAAAUGAAAAACAAAAAGAAAUUGUUGAUAAAGACGAAACAGUAUCACAGGAUGUGGCUACAAAACAGAAAGCAAUAAUACCAGAAAGACCAAAAAUAUCAACAGAAGAACUUAACACUAUGGUAACGGACAUUGAGAACGAGGAACAGAUAUUGCUUCAGGAAAAAGGCAAAUUAGACCGUAUUGGCCGCAAUAUAACUGAACAGAUGACUAAAGAAGCACAGGAAUUGCUUCAAAUCUUCGGCAUUCCAUACAUCGUAGCUCCGAUGGAGGCCGAGGCGCAAUGCGCAGUACUAGAGGCCCUAAAACUUACUGACGGCACCAUAACAGAUGAUAGUGAUAUUUGGUUAUUUGGAGGCAGUACGGUGUACAAAAAUUUUUUUAAUCAGAAAAAACAUGUGCUGCAAUUUUUGCGCGAACGAAUUGAAAAAUCGUUUAAUUUGAGUCGUGAAAAGUUGGUUCUGCUGGCUCUCCUUGUGGGAAGCGAUUAUACGGUCGGAGUUACUGGCGUGGGACCUGUAACCGCUUUGGAAAUUUUAGCGUCAUUUCCUUUUAACAAGAAAAAAACAAUAGCUGAAAAUGCAAAAUUCACCGAUUAUCAAGAAAUUGUAGCCGGACUACAAGAAUUUAAGAAAUGGGUGAAGGCUGGGAGAAGAACGGAUAAUGUUAGUUUAAAGAAGAAACUAAAAAAUGUCAGCCUCUCAGAUGAUUUUCCCAGUGUGAGGGUAGUUCAAGCAUACUUCGAACCGAAUGUAGAAAAAAGUAGUGAAAAGUUCUCCUGGGGCGAUCCAGACAUCACUGAAUUAAGAGAGUAUGCGAAGGCAAAGUUUGGAUGGUCCCAACACAAGCUGGAUGAAAUUAUUAAACCAGUUAUUAAAAGGAUGCAAGAAAAUAAGACUCAGAAAACUGUUCAUGAUUAUUUUAAAAAGAAACUUGUGUUGGAUUCUUUGGAGGACCAAAUGAGUAAGAGAGUUAAAGCUGCAAUACAAAAGAUGGGACCCGAGGCACCGGAAGAAAUUAAUGUACCUGAAAAACCGAAACCCAAAAGAGCAAGAAAAAGCUCUAUAAGCCAAGCUGCUACAAAACCAGGACCUUCCAAAGGAAAACGUAAAAAACGCAAUGAUGAAACUAAACAAAUAAGUGAAGUUGUACAAACAGCGGUAGUAAAUGAUCCGGAGAAAAUAUUUGAUAUAACAGUUCCAAAGACAGAUAGAUAUCAGGAAAUUAUACCGCAGAGAGAGAAGGACAGGAAAAGUAUUUUAGAAAAUAAAUUAAAGGCUAUAGAAGUGUUUCGGAAGAGUAAGAUUGAUCCCAAAAAGAAAUCCACGAAGAGGCGGCUCCCUGUACCUAAAGAAAAAGCUGAUCUCUCAGAAAGUAGUGACACUGAUUAA